AGGUUAACCGGCCGAGCGGACGGACACCCCUUCGCGGCGAUUGAUGGGCCAACGAAAAUGACGUAGUUUACUCGCACUCGGGGGCAUUGCUCAUUUUUAAUGCUAACUUGGCCGAUUUCAGCCAUUCGAGCAUUAUGGCUUUCGUACAUUGUUGUGGAACGAAGAAAGUCGAUGCCGUCGUGGCCGUAAAAUGACGUUCUAUCUAUGAUUCGGGUAUGUUGAUGCAGUGUGGAGGUUAUGAUUUGUUGCGAGCUAUUGGAUAGGUAAUCUGUUGAAUUAGGAAUCUGAGCGGUUUAACGAGGUAGCGCGAUGAGAGGCAGUGGUGGUAUGUUUGAUGUCCAUGAGUUUGGUAAGCGAAUGCGUCGUUUCAUCGAUGGGAAUUACUCGUACCGGAAGAUUCUUGUGUUCGCCGUGAUUGUUGGAGGUUUCGUUUUGUAUGUCGGCCCGUCGUUGGUUCAGUGGCUGUUUUCUGGCAGUGGAGAGUCUAUCGAAGCUUACGAGGAGCGCUGCAUCAAUGAGAAACUCGCGGGCUUCUAUUUUGACUCCGUCGAGUACAAUGCAAAUAUUUUAUUCCAUCCUGCGAAGGAGGAUCAGCGACUUUACUUACCUUACGUGGGCAAUGGAAUUUUUGGCAUUCCGAUACAAUCGCAAUCCUGGCUGUACAUAAAGAAUGGCAGGAGUUUGUCUUUGCCAGUAAAGUGGCAGCCUCUCAUUAUUUAUCAAGUGUCGGAGGAUACUUUGUAUAGAGAGGCGACUAUCACUCAUUACACAAAGGGUAUCGUUUACAAAUAUCAGUGCUUCAGAGAUGGCUAUCACACGAGUUAUCAAUAUUACGCUCACCGAGAUCUCGAAGGCAUUUUCGUUCAAGCGAUAAAGAUAUCAAAUCCGUUAAGCAUCUCCUUGGAGUUACCGUUUAAAUCGCAAGCAUCGCUUCAUUGGAGCGAAUCUCUUGUCGAGCCAAUAAACAUACUAGUCGAGCGUGCCAAUCACGAGUUUAAUUUGGAAUCGGGAUACGUCCCUGUGCCCAAUUCUAACAAAAUUGUAGCUGUGACCAUUGUUUAUCAAAUUGUGCAAAAAAGAAUACAAGUUAAGGCAAGAGGAUCUGUUAAAAUGGAAUUCUUAACCAGUAUAAAAUAUAGCGAACCAAUUGAAAUGGAACAGUACACUCGUGAAAGGAAUGCAAUUAGAGAAAAAGCUAUUGACCACAUGAGAAAAGCUCUCGUUAAGCAACGCAGUCAAGGUUUGAAGGAAAGCCACGUAAUUGCUUGGCAGCGUUAUUGGCACACUGGCUUCAGGAUAAGCGAUUCCAAAGCGAAAGGAGCAAUCAAUGGAUACAAAAUAAAUUCAACAAUUUAUUAUGUACUGAGUCAGGUACCAAAAGCAACGGGAGAUGUAGAGAAGAGUGUUAUAAACAACGAGGGCUGCUAUCGAGGACAUCAUACUUUAGAUGCACCCCGUCUAUGGAGAGAUACCUCAACAAUUGAUAUGAUAAAUGAAUUGGUUCGAGCUUGGUCCAUAACUCUUGAAAAACAGGGAUGCUAUAGAUUAAUGACUGGUAAUCCUUCCGCUGUAUUGCAAGCUAUUGUCUUAAGUCUUGGAGGCUUAAGAUUUAGUAACCAGCAUCUAGAGUUUAAUAUUGAUCCUCAACAUUUACACAGAGAUUUUUUAUUUAGAAGAAUAAGUUAUGGAAAUGUCACGCAUCUGAACAUUUCUGUUAACGUUAAUGAAGAUAAUCGAGCAGUUCUUGGUGUAGCUAUUGACAGAAGUGACAGUGUUUAUUUUGGAUGCGAUGCUGGCUGUUUAGAUGCACCGGUACCACUCAGUCAAGCCUAUACAAGCUUUCCAGUGAAACUUACCAAGCCGUUAACGGCCAUUUUAUAUAUAACUUCAGAUUAUCACCAUAUGCAGGACUUGCAAAAUGCUCUACACGUUCAUGCAGUUGACGAAGCUCCGGCACACGACCAUCACGUUAUGGCGUUACAUAAGCACGGACAUCAAUUAGGUGGCUUACCUACCUUUUUCUGGGUGAGCAUAUGUUUUCUAAUCAUCGUGUUCCACUUGUUUCUCUGUAAGCUCAUUGUCUCGGAGUAUUGGGAUCAAAAGGAUCGUGGGAAAGUACGAUAUAGUAAACUAUAAGAACUGUAAAUAAAUUUUAUAACACUCUUGUUAUUUAUCGUGUAAAGAUAAUAUAUUUUUACACAGUUAUUAAAAAAUGAGAGAGAUGUACAGGCUGCGAUAUUGUUAUGUCUAUGCACGAGUGAUGAUCGUUCAAUUUAUGAAUAUUUAUAUGAUUAUUAUAUUAUUUUUGUAUUCGAUCAACGCUUCGUUUCACCAGAAUGUUUAUUAUCAAUUUAAUUAAUAAAAUAAUUAUGUUUUAGAAUUUGAAAAGUUAUAUGACAGGUGAGGUAAAAUAAGUUCUUCAAUGCAAAGGAUUUUCGAACUUUUUGCAGUAUUUAUUUAAAGAAACAUAAUUUCAAUUUGUAUAAAUCACAUGUGAAGUACAUCAAAACUAUACAAAUGUUAAAAUUAAAACAAAUCUGUGGUGCAAUAAAGUACAGUAAUCGUAGGAUGUAUUCUAAAUCUACGCAAACAAUUAAUAGUAAUAUUUAAUGAA